AUGCUGGAUGCUGUCGAGUCGACGCAGGCGGACAUGGCGGCAUUGCAUGCGACCACCACCAGCCUGCCAUCAUCAGCGAUGAAUGACGUUGUGCGAGCGGGACUCGAGGAAGUCCUCGCCCGCUUCCUCUACACUACGCAGCUCCUCCGGGAGGCGCCGUCCCUCUUCAAGGUGCAGCUCAUCUUGCCGCUUGCGAUGCAGCUCCUGCACUUCGUCGGAGUCGGCGUCGACCCCGUUGCCUGCAACGGUCACGGAGAGCUCUGCGGGCGUCGGUACUCGGACGUGACCAUGAUCGGCACCCACAACAGCGCCUUCGUCGGCGACUCGCCCGUCCACAACCAGUACGUGUCGGUCACGGCCCAGCUCGACAUGGGCGUCCGCUUCCUGCAGGCCCAGGCGCGGGACCGGCGCGGCCGCAUCGACCUGUGCCACACCUACUGCUGGGAGCUCGACGUCGGCCCGUUGACGAGCUACCUCGACGAAGUGUCCGACUGGAUGGGCCGUCAUCCGGACGAGGUGGUGACGCUGCUGCUGACCAACAACGACGGCAUCGACGUCGACAGGUUUGCGGCGGCCUUGGAGACGACGCCGUUGACGAAGCUCGUCUUUCGUCCUGGACGGGAACUCGUGGCCAAGGCGCAGUGGCCGACGCUCGGGGAGCUCAUCAAGGCCAAUACGCGCCUCGUCAUCUUCAUGGACUAUCACGCCGACCAGGCCAAGGUCGACUACAUCAUGAGCGAGUUUGACUAUUUCUGGGAGACGCCCUACGGCGUCACGGACCGAAACUUUCCCACCUGCCUCGUUGACCGGCCGGCCGGCGGCGACCCCGAGAGGCUGAUGGGCAUCAUGAACCACAUGCUCAACUACAAGAUUGGCGACAUUGUCUUUCCGAACCAGCUUGAUGCGAGCAGCACGAACUCGAUGGCAUCGAUCCGGAAGCAAGUCGACCUUUGCAAGGAUGAGGGCAAACCGCAGCCGAAUGUGAUUUUGCUCGACUGGGUGAAUAUCGGAGAUGCGCAGCAGGUGCAGAUGGUUCUCAACGGGCUCGCAUGA